AUGAGCGCAGAUAUUAGAGGAAGCGCUGCGCGCAGCUCAUCUGCUACUGAUGCAUCGUCCGAUACCAAUGAUCUAGGAACUCUUGCGAGAAGUGGAAUCUCAACAGUCAUUAUUGCUUCGGAAUGGCACUUCAAGCCAGCAGGAGUUAUGGAAGUUGAGAAACGUUUCGCAGAGAAGAGAGAUCGCAUGCGCGCUAAUACUAGGACGGCUAUAUUCAAUGGCUCGAUCAGGAUCAUUAUUUCAAGCUUUUUUCAGAAAGACACCUCCUACCCUUUUAGAAGAGAGAUGAAUCAGAUCACGAAAGCGAUAGUUGUACAAGAAGGUGGUGAUCGAGAUUCCGAUGAUGAACAUGAAGAAGCAGAUGGAUCUUCAGAUGAUACAUUUUAUCCAGAUACUAUCAAGACGUAUAGUUAUCGCGACAUCUGGAUCUAUCAUGGAGAAGAGUUAAUUGACGAGUUCUUGAAGCUAGCCAUAGUCCUGGAGUUGCAGACAAUAACAGACAGCAAGAUUGUGAAGUCACCUAGCCAAUCGAAGGUUUAUAUUGGUUCAGACAAGCGUGGCAGUGUUGAUGUAGUUGUCAAUAAACUCAACAAUAUCGCGAAGUAUAGUUCGACAUAUGCCUCGCAGUAUCAUAUUUUCUAUACAGAAGAAGUAGAACCGUGCAAGUUUAUCAUCAAAGCGUUUUCAGAGAUCAAGAAGAAAUACCUUGAAACUACUCUUUUUGAACAAGAGCAUCCUCCCGGAUUUCUAUUGACAAAAAUUUACAGUUAG